CGAUUAUUUUUUUUUUUUUUUUACAGAUGAAUUACGAUUUCUAUUUAACUCAUAUGUUUAUUAAAAGACGAGGAGAAUUUUACGGUCGUAUCGAUGAUGCCGAAUUUAAUAUUAAAUUACAGAUGAAUCUUGAAAAUUACCAUAUAACACUUCAAGAAUUAAAAAUCCUCAGUAUAAGCUCGUUCAAUUUGAAAAUUCAAGGUAAUAAAUCCGAUCCUAUACUGAAUAUUUUGGCUAGAGCGCUUUCACGUUUUUUCGAAAAUAGUAUUAUUAAGUUAAUUGAAAAUAGUGGUCUAGAACUUUUUUCUCCUCUUAUUAAAUCAUUGAAUCAAAAACUGGGAAAGUCGAAAAGUAAAGUUAAUAACUUUAUCGAUGCGCUAUAAAAAAGAACGUAAAAAAAUAAGAAAUAAAACAAGAUAAAAUGAACAAAUGUUAAUAAAGGUAAAAUAUUGUUA